AUGUCGGAUAUAAUAAUGGCAGAUUUGGAAAUAUGCCUAAAAAACACGGCCAACUGGAAAAGUCCCGGAUUAGAUAGGGUACAAAAUUUUUGGAUUAAGAAUUUUACAAGUACCCAUAAGUAUUUACUGGUAUCCAUAAAUAAAUUAAUAAUGGGACGGCAAGAAAUGCCAGAAUGGAUAACCACAGGAAAAACGUAUUUGCUGCCAAAAAAAUCAGGAGCUAUGGAACCGAAAGAUUUUCGGCCAAUUACCUGUUUGCCCACAAUGUAUAAAAUAAUAACAGCUAUUAUUGCUGAAAAGAUUUAUGGGCAUUUAAGAAAAAAUAACAUUUUUCCUCCUGAACAAUAUGGAUGUAGAAAAGGGUCUUACGGCUGCAAGGAGGUUUUAUUAAUAAAUAAAUUGAUCAUGGCCAGUGCAAAACAAAAGAGGAAGAAUUUAAGCAUGGCAUGGAUUGACUAUCAAAAGGCCUUUGAUAGUGUGCCUCACGAAUGGAUUAUUGAGGCACUGAAAAUAUAUAAAGUAGACCCUAAAAUUACAGCGUUCUGCGAGAAGAGUAUGAAAAAUUGGUGCACCCAGCUGGAAGUGCAAAAAUACUCUUCUAGAAAAAUAUUUAUAAAAAGAGGGAUUUUUCAGGGAGAUUCAUUGUCGCCACUUUUAUUCUGCAUGUCUCUAAUUCCUCUGUCCAGACAGCUUAAUAUCAAGGAUCAAGGAUAUGAGUUGGUACCGGGAGGCAAGAAAAUUACCCACAUGCUAUAUAUGGAUGAUUUAAAAAUUUAUGCGAAAAAUGAAGAGGAGUUAAAUAAAAUGUUACGGACGGUUCAAACCUUUUCCUCUGACAUCAACAUGAAAUUUGGGUUAGAGAAAUGUGCCAGAAUAAAUAUUGUCAGAGGAAAGUUAAAACAAAAGCAAAAUAUAGAAGACUCCGAAGAAGAACUUAUUAAAGAAUUGGACCCUGGAUCAUCAUACAAAUAUCUGGGGAUUGAAGAAAAUUUUGGGGUUGCCAAUGAGGAAAUCAAGCCGCGAUUGAAGAAAGAGUAUUUUAAAAGAUUGAGGCUUAUAUUACAGUCGGAACUGAAUGGAAGAAAUAAGAUAACCGCCGUCGGCACAUUAGCAGUUCCUGUAAUAGAAUAUAGUUUUGGCCUCGUAGACUGGACGAAAGAAGAAAUCACGCACCUAGAUAGAAGGACAAGAAAAAUAUUAACCAUGAAUGGUGCGUUACAUCCAAAAGCUGAUGUGGAUAGAUUGUACGUCAGCAGGAAAGAUGGAGGAAGAGGAUUACGACAAAUAGAAGCGGCAUACCAGAAUGCCAUAAUUGGAAUGGGAAAAUACAUAGAAUCCCAUCGAGAGGACCCCAUCUUAGCCCAAGUUAUACAUGCAGAAGAAAAAACUACUAAAAAAGGAGUUCUGAAAAGGGCAAAACAAAUCGUCCAAGAAAAUAAAGAAAAUGAGAUAAUGGAAGAGGGGCAACUUGCAACUUAUAAUAGCAAAGCCCAAUCUCAGAAGAAAUUAAAAGGCAAAUGGGAACAGAAAAAAUUACAUGGGCAAUACCUAAAAAGAAUAAAUGCCGAAGAUAUUAAUAAGAAGAGCACGCACAAUUGGCUACGACGUGGAAAACUUAAAAUAGAAACAGAAGCGUUUAUUACAGCGGCUCAAGAUCAGGCAUUGCGGACCCAUAACUAUGAAAAAGUAAUUCUCAAAGUCCGCCAAGAUGACAAGUGCCGAAUUUGCCAAUCACAAUCGGAAACCAUCGAUCAUUUAAUUUCCGGUUGUCCGAUACUGGCAAAACAUGAAUACUUAGAAAGGCACAAUAAAAUAUGUCAAUAUCUCCAUUGGAAUAUAUGCCGAGAAUAUGGAAUGGAUGGAUUACCCAAGGAGUGGUACAACCACAUUCCAAGCCCGGUCACGACAGUAGGCCCAUGCACAGUUCUAUAUGAUCAACAAAUCCACACUGAUAGAACUGUGCCAGCUAACAAACCGGAUAUCAUACUCAGGCAUAAUGGGGAAAAAUGGUGUAAGUUAAUUGAGGUAUCCGUGCCGGCAGAAAAAAACACCACAGCCAAAGAAGCAGACAAAAGGCUGAAAUACAGAAAUUUGGAAAUUGAAAUAACCAGGAUGUGGGGAACAAAAACUGAAACGAUUCCGGUCAUCGUGGGAGCAUUGGGAGCCAUGCCACAUUCAAUAAAAGGAAAUUUAAAGAAGAUUAUGAAGAACCUAAAAGAAGAAACCAUCCAGGAAAUCGCACUAUGUGGGACGGCCCACAUUCUUCGGAAAAUAUUAUAA